AUGUCGCCGCCCGUCACCGAUGUCCGGACGGUGGACGGUAUCGGCCGCAAGAUUGACGGAUGCGGUCCCUCGCGCUCAAACGUCGCCUUCAAGGGCGCCAAGAUGCAGACCCCAGUCAGCGACUAUCUCAAAUCCGUGAUGGAGUUCUGUUCAGUGGACAAUCCCGGCCAGAACGCCUCCUACAUCCCCGAACUCGCCAAUGCGGAUCCCGAUCGUAUCGCCGUGUGUAUCUCGACAGUCGACGGAUUCGUGUACAGCUCCGGCGACGCCGAUGUCGAGUUCAGCAUCCAGUCCAUCAGCAAGGCGUUCGUGUACGCGCUCGCGCUCGAGGACCACGGGCUGCAGUACGUUACGCAGCGUGUCGGUGUCGAGCCUUCGGGAGAGGCGUUCAACGAACUGUCGCUCGAGAGCGACACGCGCCGCCCGCUGAACCCCAUGAUCAACGCCGGCGCGAUCCUGACGCACACGCUCGUGGGCCCGCCGGACAUUUCCGAGCCCGAGCGCCUCGAGCUGAUCCGCAAGGGUCUCAGCGCCUUUGCAGGCCGCGAGCUCCAGAUCGACGAGAAGAUCUACGCCUCGGAAAUGAAGGAGAGCUACCGUAACCGCGCCAUUGCGAAUAUGCUGCGCAACUACCACGUCAUCUCGGGCGAGCCUCUCGAGGUCGUCGACGGAUACACGCGCCAGUGCGCCAUUAGCGUCACCUGUCGCGACCUCGCGCUCAUGGCCGCGACAUUGGCGAAUGGCGGCAUCCAGCCCAUCACGGGGGAGAGGGUGUGCCGCCCCGACGUCGUGCGCCAGGUGCUCUCCGUCAUGAUGACGUGUGGGAUGUACAACGGCGCUGGCGACUGGGUGUCGCAGAUCGGCUUCCCGGCCAAGUCGGGCGUGGCGGGCGGCAUCCUCGGCGCGCUGCCGGGCCAGCUGGGGAUUGCGACCUUCUCGCCCCGGCUCGACACGCACGGAAACUCGGUCCGCGGAGUGAGGAUGUGCAAGAAGCUCAGCGACGACAUGGGCCUGCACAUCAUGCACGCGCCGGAGCCGUCCCGCUCCGUCGUGCGACGGCAUUACAUCCUCGAGUCGCCCGAGUGUGCCGACGCCCUCGCAUCCGGCGGCAAGGCGCAGCACACGGCAGGCGUCCUCAGUCUCCAGGGAACCAUCACAUUCACGUCCGCCGAACGCGUGCUGCGUAUCCUCUCGCGGCGAUCCGCGCUGAGCAACAGCUCCGUCGACGCCGUAGUCGUCGACCUGAGGCAGGUGUACUCCAUCGACGGCGUCGCACGCAAGAUGAUCCGCGAAGCCAUUAAACGCCUGAGCAAGGCCGGGUUCAAGGUGCUCGUCGUCGACCCCGAGAAUCUCCUGGACCUCGUCGACGACCACAACAAUCCCGACGCUGAGUGCCCCUGUGACGCGGUCAUUGAUGAUCUGUCGAGGUUUGCUGAUUGGCACCGCGUCGCUCUGCCUGAUGUUUCGGACGAGAUUAAGGAUAUCACCGGUCAUGAGGGGACGGGGGCGAGUAAUGGCAAGUCCAAGCCGAAGGAUAUCCCGAAGCAGUCCUCCCACUCUUAG